AUGAAGCUGUCCCAAGUUGCUGUCCAGGGUGCUCAGUAUAACUCCCAUGAAUGUCAGCCCCACCUGAAGUGUUUGGAAGGGACCCAGGUGGAUCUUCUCAAAUAUAUCCAUGGAUUCUUGGAUGACCGAAAGAGGAAUCAACUUAUCUGGCUGCAUGGCACAGCAGGUGUCAGAAAGUCUGCUGUCGCAUUCACCAUAGCUGAGAGGAUGAAAGGUCUAAAAGUGACAGAGGAGACAAAUGUUGAAAUGCGGCUAGCGGGUACAUUUUUUUUCUCACACAAACACACCAAAUGUUGCACAGCUGGAUAUUUAUUUGCAACACUUGCCUACCAGCUUGCCAAUAAUUUUCCAAGCAUUCAGCAGGAUAUGAACAGAGUGAUCCACAACAAUCCUGCUCUACUAGACCUGGACAUGCCUCUCUAUGACCAGAUGGAGGCUCUCUUUCUUAAACCCCUCUGGAAACUUCAAUUCAGAUUACACAGGUGUCCCCCUCUGACAUUUGUUGUCAAUGCCCUUGAUGAAUGCACAUCCGAACCUGAG